AUUUUUAUUGAAAGCAACAUGACAAAGCAAAUAAUGUCUUCUUCAAACUUGUUAUUUUUCUCUCUAACUCUAUUAAUCAUCACACUCUCCCCCAUACCAAAUUUCGCUUCUGCUUCUUUGGAGGAAGCCAAUGCUCUUCUUAAAUGGAAAGCAAGCCUUGAAAUCCCCAAAAACUCCUUACUCUCUUCAUGGAUUCCCCUGCCUUUGAAUUCCAGUGCAUCGGUUCCAUGCACUUCUUGGAUUGGAGUAGUUUGCAAUGCUGAUGGGAGCAUUCAGAGGUUGAACCUCACAUCAUCUGGAUUAAAGGGUACGCUUCAUCGAUUUUCAUUCUCUUUGCUACGCAAUCUUACGCAUUUUGAUCUCAGUCUAAACAACUUCUUUGGCCCCAUCCCACCAGCAAUAAGACACUUGUCCAAACUUAUCCAUCUUGAUUUUUCUAAGAAUAUGUUUUCUGGAGUAAUCCCACCUGAAAUAGGAACCCUGCACCCGCUAACCAUCUUGUACCUAUACUCAAACAAUAUAUCUGGUCCCAUUCCUAUUGAACUUGGGAAUUUGAAGUCUCUCACCGAUCUUGCUGUAAGCCACAAUCAACUUAGUGGUUCUAUUCCUUCAUCAUUGGGUAAUUUGACAUCUUUAAAUCUCCUUUAUUUGUACAGAAAUCAACUCUCUAGUUCUAUUCCUAUUGAACUUGGGAAUUUGAAGUCUCUCACUGAUCUUGCUGUGAAUGAGAAUCAACUUAAUGGUUCUAUUCCUUCGUCAUUGGGUGAUUUGACAUCUUUGAAUGUCCUUUAUUUGUUCCACAAUUACCUCACUGGUCCCAUUCCUAUUGAACUUGGGAAUUUGAAGUCUAUCACUCAUCUUGAUGUGAGCUUCAAUAUACUUAAUGGUUCUAUUCCUUUAUCUCUAGCAAACCUGAGUAACCUACAACUUCUGUACCUCGAUUGGAAUAAAUUAUCUGGACCCAUUCCUAUUGAACUUGGGAAUUUGAAGUCUCUCACUCGUCUUGUGAAUCAACUUAGUGGUUCUAUUCCUUCAUCAUUGGGUAAUUUGACAUCUUUGAAUCACCUUUAUUUGCCCAACAAUCAACUCUCUGGUCUCAUUCCUAGUGAACUUGGGAAGUUGAAGUCUCUCACUCAUCUUUCGGUGAGGGGAAAUCAGCUUAGUGGUUUUAUUCCUUCAUCAUUUGGUGAUUUGACAUCUUUAAUUCUCCUUUAUAUGCAUAACAAUGAGCUUGCUGGUCCCAUUCCUAGUGAACUUGGGAAGUUGAAGUCUCUCACUGAUUUCCAGGUGAACAACAAUCAAAUUAGUGGUCCUAUUCCUCCAGAGUUUGGAAAUUUAACUCAACUACAAAGACUUAAUCUGUCUUCAAAUCAUUUGGUAGGAGAGAUCCCAAAGGAGUUUGGGAAGAUGAAAAGUAUGUUGUAUUUGUAUUUGGCUGGCAACCAAGUUUCAGGUGUUAUACCUCUGGAGCUUGGAUUUUGUGAACUCCUUGAAGUACUCGAUCUAUCCAAAAAUAGAUUGAAUGGGUCGAUUCCAACAAGUAUUGGUCAAUGGGCACAUAUCCACUACUUGAAUCUUAGUAAUAACAAGCUCAGUGAGAAAAUUCCCUCCCAGAUUGGUAAAUUAGUUCAGCUUACAGAACUUGAUUUAUCUCAGAAUUUUCUCAUAAAAGAGAUACCAUCUGAAGCUCAAAGUCUGCAAAGUUUGCAAAAAUUGGAUCUCUCUCACAACAGACUCUCUGGUUCUAUUCCUGAUGCAUUUACAAGUUUGCCUAACGGGAUUCGUAUCAACCUUUCUUUCAAUAAGCUGUCAGGUCCAAUCCCCCCUUGCGCUAACUUUGUGAAUGCGUCUAUAGAAAACAAUCUAGAUUUGUGUGGAAAUGUCACGGGAGUGAAACUUUGUCCAAGUCAAAUUAUGAAGAAGAAAAAUGAUCCCUUUCAUCAUAAGCUUAUCCUUGUAAUUAUGCUCCCUCUUAUCGGGUCUGUUUUACUUGGCGUAUUCACAUAUGGCCUCAUUGCUAAUCUACAACAAAAGAAAAAGUCUCCACAAAAACCAUCGGAUGAAGAAAUCGGUGAUUAUUUCUUUAUUACAAGUUUUGAUGGAAAGGUAGUGUAUGCUGAUAUCUUGAAGGCAACAAAUGAUUUUGAUGAAGCAUACUGCAUUGGGACCGGAGGAUAUGGGACUGUGUACAAAGCCGAGCUGCAACCUAACAACGUGGUAGCUGUCAAGAAACUUCACCCAUCAUCUGAGAAUGUUGAUCAUAAUGGAUUCCUUAAUGAGGUACGAGAAUUAACGAACAUAAAGCAUCGAAACAUAGUGAAACUGUAUGGAUUUUGCUCCCAUGUCCGCCACUCAUUUUUGAUUUAUGAAUACCUUGAAAAGGGAAGCCUUGGAUCAAUCUUAAGAAGCGAUGUGUUAGCAAAAGAUUUGGAUUGGUUGAAACGAGUAAAUAUUGUAAAGGGUAUAGCUAAUGGUUUGGCUUAUAUGCAUCACGACUGCUCACCUCCUAUAAUUCAUAGAGACAUAUCCAUAGCCAAUAUCCUUCUUGAUUCUGAUUAUGAGGCGCAUAUUUCUGAUUUUGGCACGUCCAAGCUUUUAAAGCUAGACUCUUCCAACUGGACUGCAAUUGCAGGCACCUAUGGUUACAUCACGCCAGAGCUUGCUUAUACGAUGGUGGCAAAUGUGAAAUGCGAUGUGUAUAGCUUUGGAGUUGUUGCAGUAGAAGUGAUAAUGGGAAAGCAUCCAGGAGAUCUCAUAACAUCUUUACCAACAUUGUCUGAUGAUGAUGAUUAUUUGGUGCCAGCAAACGUGGGAGAUAGUCGGAUACAUCCUCCCUCAUCCCAAGUUGAGAAACAAGUUAAGUUGGUUUUGAGUCUCUCAAGAGCAUGUUUGAACUCCAAUCCACAUGAAAGACCAACAAUGCAACAAGUUUCAAAUCGGUUAACGAAGGAUCUGCUUUGAAUUGACAUCUCUUGCCUGAUCAAUAUAUUCUACUUUCAGUGUUCUUUUUACUUUUCUUAAGUUCCCUAUAUAUAUGCAUCUUGUCAAUAUGUAUUCAUUUGAAUAGCUUUUUGUUAAGAAACUUCACAUAUGUUUGUGAACAAAUAAGUAAAUGCAAAUUACUAUGCUUCUAAAAAUUGACUACUGGAAACC